AUGUCCUGCUGCAAUGCCAGAAUUAAAUCUAUGGAAAAUAUUUCCAAAUGGAAAUAUCAAGGCAGUGAUUGCAUAAUGCAUGGACCAUAUGACAGUUUACUUAUGCUCAAAUGGAUUUCUCUGGGCUACUUUGAUGAGUCUACUGUGGUUCAGGACGUCAGAUUUGAUAACAAAAUGUUGCUUAAAAUGGCUGUGAUAAAUUUGAAAGAGGAUGCCAUUAGACAUGCUAAAUCCAUACUAAGCUGCCCUCACCACACAAGCCAAAUUUAUGCCAUAGCGACAAACGAAGCCAGUCAAACUAUGGAACUUGCAGGUGUUGAUGAAAGGACGGAAUCAGUAUCUACAUCUGAUCAUUCUGCUAGGAGUGAUUUUUCCAUGCAGAAUGUCCCUAUUGUAUAUCGCAACAUACCAAACAUAGACAAUAUUAACAUAUACAACGCCACUAUUACAAAUAAUACCUCUAAUAGCCAUGCCAAAAUUAAUAAUAGUGAUACUUAUACUAAAAAUAUUGAAUCUGCUGGAUUAAUAGAUGAAUUGAACAUUAAUAACAUUGAUGGAAAUGACACGAAAAAUAAAGAGCUACAAUUGGACAGUGAAAUUAAAUAUUGCAAAACUAACAUAGGCCAGUUCUUAGAAAUGCCAAAGGAUAAGAAUUAUCUCCAAAAUGCAAUGUUUUUGCCUCGAUUUAAUAAUGAUAUAUUAGAUUUAUCACCAAAGUCCGAUAAAUCCAAUGUCGCUAGUACAAGUCCAAAAACACCAAAAGUUAGUGGCGUAGAAACAAUUUUAGGGCUAGAUGAGGCUGAAAGGCAUUUAAAACGGAUAGAAAAGCAUAAGAUUAGCGGAUAUUUGGAAAAGAUAAUGUGUAUGGGUACAGAUAUUCACAUAGUUGGUCAACUCAACUAA